AAAUAAAAUCUUCACCGUGGUUGGCUCUACGAGCAAUGUUGCUACUUCCAGCCGUUCUGUGCCACCACCGGCUCCGGCGGAAAAGCCAGAGAAAUUUUCCGUGAAUGAUUUCAAAGAAACAACUCUUGACAAUGAACGUUUCAUAGUGACUAAGGCAUGGAAGCACUCAGAUUUCUUGUGCAAGAAUUACAUUCUUAGCGGACUGGAGGAUGAUCUUUACAACGUCUAUAGUAAUGCAGAAACUUCUAAAGUACUAUGGGAUGCAUUGGAUAAAAAGUAUAAAAUCGAGGAUGCCGGUUUGGUCAUCAAUGAGGCAUUUCAAGUUGCAACAAUGAUUGAGAAGUUGCCUCGUUUAUGGAGGGACUUUCAAAACUACUUGAAAAACAAGUGCAGGGAGAUGAAACUCGAAGAUCUCAUCGUUCGAUUGAGGAUCGAAGAGGACAAUAAAGCUACAAAAAAUAAGACACGUGGGAACUCAACAAUUUUGGGAGAAAAUAUCAUUGAAACUGCUCCAACUAAUUCGAAGAAGCGAAAGAAGCCUUUUGGACCAAACAACUAUCCCAACAAGAAGAAAUUCAAGGGAAAUUCCUGCAACCGUAGAAAAGGUGGACACAAAGCUACAGAAUGUCGUGCUCCAAAGAAAGAGAAGAAAAAGGGACAAGAAAAUAUGGUUGAACCAAAUGAUGAUAUUGAUGACUUAGAAGCAUUUGCUUCAUAUGCUUCCACUGGACCCGACGAGACCAAUUUUAUGAAAAAUUCUUCAACGACCAAAAUUGAAGGUUAUGGAAAGAUAUUCCUGAAGAUGACCUCUAGCAAGGUGGUGACUCUGAACAAC